AUGCAGCGCCUCAGGAUAUCCUCAGGCGCCUUAGCCAUCUUAACCAUCCUCUCACAAGCGCCAUUGACACAAUCGUUCCCAUUCCCCGUCCAUUUCAACCUCAAUCUUGCCAGCCGCGAUUGCACGCCAUGCGGCUUCUACAGCCAAGAAUGCUGCACCGCAUUGCAAACUUGCUCCACCAACGCUAACAAUCAAGCAGUUUGCGUCAAUUCCCCCCCCGCGAAAGCUCAAGAUUCCGGCCAAUGGGAAACCUUCACAACGACAUACGUCCGCACAGAUCUGGUAACAGUCACGUCGACUGGGAGCAGAUUAAUCACGGCACCAACCUCCGGAAAUCAAGUACAAUGCCAACUCAAUCUCGGCGAGUCCCUCUGCGGGACAAUAUGCUGCACAGCCGCCCAAGCUUGCAACACAGACGCACUCCGAUGCGUUGAAUCGGGAAGCUCACCCUUCGAACCAACAGUUGGCCCCGCCCCAACUCCUCCGACCAGACCAACCAGCUCCGGCCGCGCAACAAUCACCGCCCACCCAACAGCAGCCGUCCCAUUCAUCCCGCCUGUCGGAUCAGACGGACAACCUCUCCCUCCACAGGCCUCCACAGGCGGCAGACUCAGCGGCGGCGCAAUCGCAGGCAUCGUCAUCGGUGUCCUAGUCGGAGUUGUCCUGCUAUUCCUCAUCUGCCUCUCCGCCUGUGCCAAGGGCGCCAUCACGACCAUCCUGGCACUGCUGGGACUAGGAAAAAAGAGAGGAAGCAGUAGCGGCUCCGGUAGUACCCAAUCGUUCUCUGACGUUGACAAUCGUCCACCGGGUCGUACGUGGUUUGGUUAUCGUCCCUCCCGGCCGCCUGCGGGCUCAGCCUCGUACUCCUCCUAUUCUAAAAAGUCAAAGAAGUCGGGCUUGUUUGGGAUGGGAAAGUGGACUAGUGUCGGGCUUAUACUUGGUGCAUUGGCGAUUUGCCUUGGAUUGAGGAGCAAAAAGAAGCAGAAUGGUCCUCCGAGCUCGGCGUCAUAUUCGGACUCGUAUUAUUAUUAUGAUUAUAGCAGCAGCAGUAGCAGCAGCUCAGCGCCCCGAACGAAGCGGUCACAGUAUUCGAAGACAAAGUCGAAGUCAAGAUCUAGAUCGAGGUCGACGAAGCAUUGA